AUGAUAUCAACAGCGGUAGAGGAUGUGGAAGUUAUGAAGGAAAUUAUUCCCCCUACAGCUGUGGAGGGUGAUGGUGAUCGAUGGUCAUGUGUGUCUGUAGUGGGUUUGGAUCUGGAAUUUUGUUAAGAGCUGGAAUGGUUUAUUUGAAUUGAUCUGUACUGUACUGUACUAGAGAGCCCUGUGUAAUGACCUUCAGCUGGAGUCUGUUGUGGGGCUCCCUCCCUCCAUCCUUUCUCUCUCAGAUGGUUGGGGCUAUUGAAAGCUCUGCUCUGAACAGACUGAUUAAGUGUGUGUGGUCCUGGCUGACCGGACACCCGAUCCUCCCUGUUUUACCUGUGUGUGUGUGUGUGUGUGUGUGUGUGUGUGUGUGUGUGUGUGUGUGUGUGUGUGUGUGUGUGUGUGUGUGUGUGUGUGUGUGUGUGUGUGUGUGUGUGCGUGCAUGCAUGCAUAUUUAAAGAGAGCCUUUCUCAGCCUUACUGGAGUUGUUCAACAGAACACAAGAAUGCAAACACAGCGCCAGAGAAUGUGUGCUUUUGUCUUUGUUUUGGUUCUUUAAACGGUUCCUUCUAUUGUUUUACUACAUUCAAAUCACCUCCCUUUUGUAUUGGCUCCCUCUACCCCUCACAUAGACCCUAUGUUGUCCCUAUAUGCGUCCAUCCCUUCUUCUGUCUCCAGACCUUCAGUGUGUGACUCUACUCUGAGUUGCACUGGGCCUUUGCUCUAUGCUCUGGGCAGCAGCCUCGAGGCAGAGACCAUUGCAGCAUCAGUAUGCUGUAAACAAAUAAUUUUGGGGUCCUUUCAAUGAUUUGUUCAUUUCAUUUUACCAAAACAUUUAAGUAAGUAUUUUAAGUGAUUUAAUUUACUAAACAUUUGAUAAUAUUUCUCUAUACUUUUAGAGGAUUGUGGGUAAUUCAAAGUUUUCUGACUUUAUUAUUAUUUUACACAAUGUUGUAUGCAUGUCUGAAGAAAGAAAAUUAUUUUUCUGUAUUAGUAUUAAGCAGCUUGUAAGAGGUGUAAUGGCUCAUGAUGAACGGCUAUUAAAACAGUCAAGCACAUUGAUGUUCAAUGAUGAGACAACCUAUUCCCACCAGCACGGUUCUUAAUGACGGAGGCAAAUGCAGCACUCUGUAAUGCUUGCAGUUUGUCUGCAGUUACUACUGGUGGACUGAGCACUGUGCUCAAUAAAGUGGGUUAAUAUGGCAAAUUAUCAAAUACAUUACACAAUGGUAAACAUUAAAUGUUUGUGAAACACUUAUAUUUUCAGUUUACUAAAUAAUUGUGUUACUUCAACUCAUAUUUAAUCAUAUUAUCUCUAAAUCCAACACAUUUUUAUGCCUAUUAUUAAUUCCCUGGACUUUAUUUGUGUAAAUUCAAACAACUUAUUCAAGUUUAUUUUACUCAAAAACAUAGGAUAUUACAUUUACUCAAUAAUAUUGUGUAAAUGUGUUGCCUUAAUUUUAUUAAGUAGAUUCAACACUUCAUUUUUUACAGUAUAGCAUCUGUCUGCAGACACAGCUGUUUGUUCAUGGCUUGUUGGGGUUAUUUUGGCCAGCAGGCGUAGGGUCAGGGGUGGGGUCAGGGGUCCAACCAAAAUGUCACACCCUGUCCUGACCCGACCAUGCUGCUCCUGCUCCUGCACCUGCCCUUGUGGUGCUCUGGAGGCCUGCGACUGUGCUAAUUGUAUGUUUGUGGGAAGGAAGAGUGAGGCAACUGGAGCUUUAGUGUGUAGGGGAUGAAUGGAUGGAGAGAUGGACUCUGUCAUGUCUCUAGUCCAUCAUAGCAUCCACACAAUUUGCAUAGGUAGAAGUUGCCUUUAUCCCUUAUCCAAGUACAGAUAUUUUAAACCCCCUAAUGGUUGAGAUUUGGAAAUUGGGCACAUUAAUCUGAUCCUAGAUCUGUGUUUAGAGUGUAGAACACACUCACAGUUUAGGGUGUUCCUAUAACUGUCCCCCUGUCUCGUAAAUGAAAAGGAUGGCGAGAAUAGGGGUCAGAGGGGAGUGGAUAGGAAGAAGGGGUCUGGAGUGCACCUACUCUACUGUAAGCAGGUCCCAGUUAAUGGUUAGUGAAAGGAGGAUCUGUUUAUCUGUCUACAGUCUGAAUAAUUGGGUUACUUGGAGUGGAUACUGACUGUCUCUCCUGUUGUGGGGGGCUUUUAACACUGUGGGUGGCAUGGCUUUGUGCUGUGGUAGACUUUAUUGUGAUUAUUGAGAGAUGCGAGUCUGCAUUUGAAAUGAGUGUCUUUAUAUGAGUCUAAUCUACAAUCUUUCUCUCCCUCUUUCCCUCUGUAGUGGAGCCAGCGGACCUCUUGAAGAUUUUAGAUUUUCCCAGUUUACCUGACGGCGUUACGAAAACGACAGGUUUCUGCGCGCAUAGGAAGUCAACAAAAGGAGCCGAUGUGGCCUACAGAGUAUCCAAAGAAGCCCAGCUCAGUGCCCCCACCAAACAGUUGUACCCUGGUAAGUACCUGAUCAUGACCAUUCACUGAUUGGUUGAUCUCCUUUGACCUCUAAACUGAAAUGAUACCUGUUCCUUUCUUUCAUGUCUUCCUCACUUACUGUAUCUCCUCUGAUCGUCCCGUCCUCUACUACUCCAAUGUACAGAUUACCUUGUUUACUGAAAUAUCAUCUAAUGCUUUUAGCUUUUAAGAUUCCUCCUAUCCUGACUCGUGUUAGUGGGAUGCUAAAGAUACUACCUAGCUAAGUUUGUUCUUAUUGGCUGCUUGUGGCCUCUCCUCUACUAAGUAUGUUCCUAUUAGCUGCUCAAUAAAAAAAAAAAAACUACUGUAGAACACUGGUGUAGUGUUCUGACCUGCCUGAGAAGUCCCUGACUUUUCCUCCCACCUGUGCCAUUCCUCCCAUCCCCUCACACGCCCUGCUCCCCUUCCAACUAGCUAUCUGUUUUAUUGGCAAUUGCAUCAUGAUCACAUGAUAGUUUACAGCACUGCAGAUUGGGUGGGCCAAAUGUGCAGACUCACCUCCCACUAUAGACCUCCACACACACAUAGACAUCAAAGAUGGCGCCGUACUGUAUGGCUGCUGUUUUGCAAGCGCCGACCCAACUUCGCUAUUUUGUGAUUCUUUUGUCGUAAAUUUUUAGUCUAUUUUCACAUAAUGUAUCAGCUAUUAUUUCUUACAACCGACAAGAACUCUUGAACAUCAGAUCGGCAGGUACUUACCUCAAUUCCGGCUUCUACUUCGACUCAUCUGCCCUGGGCUCUCUCUGUAAUUCCAACCCAAUAUUUGGGCUACCCAAGAGGAAGUGCCGGCGUUACAGAGAAAAGAGAGGGGGGGUCCUGGUGAGAUUAAGGCAAAGGGAAAACUGGCCACCUCUUCCCUCCAUUCUACUGGCGAAUGUACAGUCACUUGAUAAUAAGAUGGAUGACCUCCGAUCGCAGAUUCGCUACCAAUGGGACUCUCGGAAUUGCAAUAUUCUUUGCUUUUCAGAAACACAUAUUUCCUGUAUAUAGUAUGCUUACUUACUUACUUACUUUAAUGGGUAUUUCAUAUUUCCUAUUCUUAUUUCUCGUGUGCUUUUUUUCUAGUAAUACAUUGUUAUUGAUUAUUGUAUUGUUGGGUUUUGAGUUAGCAAGAAAGGCAUUUCACUGUACUUGUGCAUGUGACAUUAAAACUAGAAACACACACACACACACACACACACACACACACACACCAUGCUCACAAACAGUCUCCCACCGCCACCUCUCCCAUGAUCUCUCAAUCCUUCAUGCAACAUAAUUCACUUCAGUAAGCAUUAGCUCUGUUGGAGUGUUUGGAUUGAAUUUUAGCCAAACUCUAUAGACCUGUCAGGUUGUGGUUGUUUCAAGCCUUUUGGCCUUACAUGAACAGUUCUGGUGCCAAGUUUCAAGCUUCAAGUUUUAAUGUCACGUGCACAACUACAGUGAAAUGCCUUUCGAUCAUUGUUGAGUGACUUAUAUUUAUACUCCAAUGUCCAAGAUCAGCUCAGCAUAACAGCAUACCUCAUAACCAGAGGAGGCUGGUGGGAAGAGCUAUAGGAGGACGGGUUCAUUGUAAUGGCUGGAAUAGAAUAAAUGGAACGGUAUCAAACAUACGGAAACCACAUGUUUGACUUCAUUCCAUGUAUUCCAUUCCAGCCAUUACAAUGAACCCGACCUCCUAUAGCUCCUCCCACCAGCCUCCUCUGCUCAUAACACACACAGACUCUCUCGCUCUCUCUCUCUCUCUCUCUCUCUCUCUCUCUCUCUCUCUCUCUCAAUUUUUCUUUACAAUCCUCCUCACGUCUGUUCCAUCUGUGCACAUCUGCAUUGAAUAAAGAUGGAGCUCGUUCUGUUUCUAAUUCAGACACACUGAAAAAGGAAAGAAGAAAAUGAGCAGACAGUCAUAGAGGCAUACUAAUUCUUCCAUUUUGGAAACCUCAGGCUCAGAUUCAGUGGAAAUCAAACUCCAGUAAAAUUCAUAGGUCUGGAAGUGGUGGCAGGAUGGAGAGAGAGGCAGACGGAGAUGGAGGGAGGGGAGGGAGGAGGGGGAUCCACUCUUCCUCCCCUUCUAUUGUGCUGACGUGGCUCUGGCUUACUGUUCUGCGGUGCACAGCAGCACUCUUUUUCUCUGUCUUUCUUUCUUUCUCCCUCUCUUUCUCCCCUCUCCUCUUUCUUUCUCAUUGUCUUAUACCCUCUCUCUCUCUUUCACUGCUGCUUUUUCAUUAUUAUGUAUUUUUGUUUAGUCUGUUUUAUCUUUUCUUCCUGGUUACUGUCGCUCAGAGAGAUGUACUAGCUAGCCAACAUCUCUUUCUAUUGCAUUCUGGGUAAGGCCGGCAUAUUUAUUUAUGCAACUGUCAAAAUGUGUUACCCAGACAGAAGCCCAAUUUAUCUGGAAUGUGUUAUCAGAAAUUCCCAAGAGUUUAAAGUGGUUGAGCAAGGGAAAGAGUUGAAAACGUUUUUAAUGUCACAUGCACAAGUACAGUGAAAUGCCUUUCUUGCAAGCUCUAAACAAGUGUGUGUGUGAGAGAGGGGGAUCGGAUUCGGCAGUAGGGGGUAGAGAGAGAAAAUCCUCAAAUCCCAUUCUUGUGAGUUAAGUUGACUGAAAAUUCAGUUGGUUGACAGCCAAGUGUGUGAAGAAUGUCUCCCUGAUCACAGCAUUUCUUUGGGCGGCCUGGAGGAGGCUUGGCCAAGCGGAUGUUUGAUCCACAUCAAGGGUUUUCUUAAAGGCUUAAUGCAGAGCUGAGACACAAUGCUCUCCAAACAAGUCCUGUUUACUUUGACAUCAAUAUAGAGGCUAAAAUCUUAAACUUGGGCUUCUGUUCUGUUUACUUACAGCCUAAUGAAAUAGUCUCAAGCAACACUCUAGGAAGGACCAACCACAACUCUGUUGUAGAACAUUCUCAAUAUUCAACUUGACAAAAAUAUAAACGCAACAUGUAAAGUGUUUCAUGAGCUGAAAUAAAACAUCCCAGAAAUGUUCCAUACAUCCCUGUUAGUGAGAAUUUCUCCUUUGCCAAGAUAAUCCAUCCACUUGAUAGGUGUGGCAUAUCAAGAAGCUGAUUAAACAGCAUGAUCAUUACACAGGUGCACCUUGUGCUGAGGAUAAUAAAAGGCCACUCUAAAAUGUGCAGUUUUGUCACACAACACAAUGCCACAAAUGUCUCAAGUUUUGAGGGAGCAUGCAAUUGGCAUGCUGACUGCAGGAAUGUCCACCAGAGCUUCUGCCAGAUAAUUAAAUGUUCAAUUCUCUACAAUAAGCUGCCUCCAACGUUGUUUUAGAGAAUUUGGCAGUACGUCCAACCAGCAUCACAACCGCAGACCGUAUUCACGCCAGCCCAGGACCUCCACAUCCGGUUUCUUCACGUGCGAGAUUGUCUGAGACCAACCACUCGGACAGCUGAUGAAACUGAGGAAUAUUUAUGUCUGUAAUAAAGCCCAUUUGUGGGGAAAAAAUUAUUCUGAUUGGCGGGGCCUGGCUCCCCAGUGGGUGUACCUGGCUCCCAAGUGGGUGGGCCUAUGCCCUUCCAGGCCCACCCAUGGCUGCGCCCCUGCCCAGUCAUGUGAAAUCCAUAGAUUAGGGGCUAAUUAAUUUAUUUCGAUUGACUGAUUUCAUUAUAUGAACUGUAACUCAGUAAAAUUGUUGCAUAUUGCAUUUAUAAUUUUGUUCAGUAUAGAACAAACUAAACAACAUCGGAAUCAUGGUAGAACCUUUGAAAAAUACAUUCCAGAAUUUUAAGAUUCCAACAUUUUAAGAAAUGUAAGAUCUCAAGCCCUGCGGUUCGGAGUGGUUUAAUAACUAGCAGAGGUCUAUGAUGUGGUCCAUAUUUGGGUCCAGUCAUUCACCUCAACAUAGAUAUACAGUGCCUUCGGAAAGUAUUUUGACCCCUUGACAUUUUCCACAUUUUGUUACGUUACAAUAGAUGAAAUACAACAUUUUCCUCAUCAAUCUACACACAAUACCCCAUAAUGACAAAACAAAAACAGGUUUUUAGAAAAACAUAAAUAUCUUAUUUACGUAAGUAUUCAGACCCUUUGCUAUAAGGCUCUAAAUUGAGAUCAGGUGCAUCCUGUUUCCAUUGAUCAUCCUUGAGAUGUUUCUACAAGUUGAUUGGAGUCCACCUGUGGUAAAUUCAAUUGAUUGGACAUGAUUUAAAAAGGCACACACAUGUCUAUAUAAGGUCCCACAGUUGACAGUGCAUGUCAGAGCAAAAACCAAGCCAUGAGGUCGAAGGAAUUAUCUGUAGAGCUCCGAGACAGGAUUGUGUCGAGGCACAGAUCUGGGGAAGGGUACUAAAACAUUUCUGCAGCAUUAAAGGUCCCCAAGAACACAGUGGCCUCCAUCAUUCUUAAAUGGAAGAAGUAUGGAAUCACCAAGACUCUUCCUAGAGCUGGCCUCCAGGCCAAACUGAGCAGUCGGAGGAGAAGGGCUUUGGUCAGGGAGGUGACCAAGAACCAGAUGGUCACUCUGAUAGAGCUCCAGAGUUCCUCUUUGGAGAUGUGAGAACCUUCCAGAAGGACAAGCAUCUCUGCAGCACUCCACCAAUCAGGCUUUUACGGUAGAGUGGCCAGACGGAAGCCACUCCUCAGUAAAAGGCACAUGACAGCCCGCUUGGAGUUUGCCAAAAGGCACCUAAAGACUCUCAGAACAUGAGAAACAAGAUUCUCUGGUCUGAUGAAACCAAGAUUGAACUCUUUGGCCUGAAUGCCAAGCGUCACGUCUGGAGGAAACCUGGCACCAUCCCUACUGUGAAGCAUGGUGGUGGCAACAUCAUGCUGUGGGGAUGUUUUUGGUGGCAACAUCAUGCUGUGGUUAGACUACUGCAAUGCUCUAUUUUCCGGCUACCCGGAUAAAGCACUAAAUAAACUUCAGUUAGUGCUAAAUACGGCUGCUAGAAUCCUGACUAGAACCAAGAAAUUUGAUCAUAUUACUCCAGUGCUAGCUUCCCUACACUGGCUUCCUGUUAAGGCAAGGGCUGAUUUCAAGGUUUUACUGUUAACCUAUAAAGCGUUACAUGGGCUUGCUCCUACCUAUCUUUCCGAGUUGGUCCUGCCGUACAUACCAAUACGUACGCUACGGUCACAAGACGCAGGCCUCCUAAUUGUCCCUAGAAUUUCUAAGCAAACAGCGGGAGGCAGGGCUUUCUCCUAUAGAUCUCCAUUUUUAUGGAACAGUCUGCCUACCCAUGUGAGAGACGCAGACUCGGUCUCAACCUUUAAGUCUUUACUGAAGACUUAUCUCUUCAGUAGGUCAUAUGAUUGAGUGUAGUCUGGCCCAGGAGUGUGAAGGUGAACGGAAAGGCUGGAGCAACGAACAGCCCUUGCUGUCUCUGCCGGGCCGGUUCCCCUCUCCACUGGGGUUCUCUGCCUCUAACCCUGUUGCAGGGGCUGAGUCACUGGCUUGCUGGUGCUCUUUCAUGCCGUCCCUGGGGGGGGUGCGUCACUUGAGUGGGUUGAGUUACUGACGUGAUCUUCCUGUCUGGGUUGGCGCCCCCCCCCCCUUGGUUUGUGCUGUGGUGGAGACCUCUGUGGGCUAUACUCGGCCUUGUCUCAGGAUUGUAAGUUGGUGGUUGGGGAUAUCCCUCUAGUGGUGCGGGGGCUGUGCUUUGGCGGAGUGGGUGGGGUUAUAUCCUUCCUGUUUGGCCCUGUCCGGGGGUUUCUUCGGAUGGGGCCACAGUGUCUCCGGACCGCUCCUGUCUCAGCCUCCAGUAUUUAUGCUGCAGUAGUUUAUGUGUCGGGGGGCUGGGGUUAGUUGGUUAUACCUGGAGUACUUCUCCUGUCUUAUCCAGUGUCCUGUGUGAAUUUAAGUAUGCUCUCUCUAAUUCUCUCGUUCUCUCUUUCUCUCUGAGAACCUGAGCCCUAGGACCAUACGUCAGGACUACCGGGCAUGAUGACACCUUGCUGUCCCCAGUCCGCCUGGCCUUGCUGCUAUUCCAGUUUCAACUGUUCUGCCUGCGGCUACGAAACCCCUACCUGUCCCAGACCUGCUGUUUUCAACUCUAAAUGAUCGGCUAUGAAAAGCCAACUGAGAGACCUGAGCCCUAGGACCAUACGUCGGGACUACCGGCCGUGGUGACUCCUUGCUGUCCCCAGUCCGCCUGGCCUUGCUGCUAUUCCAGUUUAAACUGUUCUGCCUGCGGUUAUGGAACCCCUACCUGUCCCAGACCUGCUGUUUUAAACUCUAAUGAUCGGCUAUGAAAAGCCAACUGAGAUUUAUUCCUGAUUAUUAUUUGACCAUGCUUGUCACUUAUGAACAUUUUUGAACAUCUUGGCAUGGUUCUGUUAUAAUCUCCACCCGGCACAGCCAGAAGAGGACUGGCCACCCCUCAUAGCCUGGUUCCUCUCUAGGUUUCUUCCUAGGUUUUGCCUUUCUAGGGAGUUUUUCCUAGCCACCGUGCUUCUACACCUGCAUUACUAGCUGUUUGGGGUUUUAGGCUGGGUUUCUGUACAGCACUUCGAGAUAUUAGCUGAUGUAAGAAGGGCUAUAUAAAAUAAAAUUGAUUGAUUGAUUUUUCAGCGGCAGGGACUGAGAGACUAGUCAGGAUGAAGGGAAAGAUGAAUGGAGCAAAGUACAGAGAGAUCCUUGAUGAAAACCUGCUCCAAACCUGCUCAGGACCUCAGACUUGGACGAAUGUUUACCUUCCAACAGGACAACGACCCUUAGCACACAGCCAAGACAAUGCAGGAGUGGCUCGGGACAAGUCUCUGAAUGUCCUUGAGUGGCCCAGCCAGAGCCUGGACUUGAACCCGAUCUAACAUCUCUGGAGAGACCUGAAAAUAGCUGUGCAGCCACGCUCCCCAUCCAACCUGACAGAGCUUGAGAGGAUCUGCAGAGAAGAAUGGGAGAAACUCCCCAAAUACAGGUGUGCGAAGCUUUUAGCGUCAUACCCAAGAAGAAUAGAGGCUGUAAUCGCUGCCAAAGGUGCUUCAACAAAGUACUGAGUAAAGGGUCUGAAUACUUACGUAGAACAUUUCUAAAAACCUGUUUUUGCUUAGUCAUUAUGGGGUAUAGUGUGUAGAUUGAUGAGGGGGGAAAAAACAAUUUAAUCCAUUUUAGAAAAAGGCUGUAACAUCACAAAAUGUGGAAAAAGUCAAGGGGUCUGAAUACUUUCAGUGUGAACUGUAUACAGUACCAGUCAAACGUUUGGACACCUAUUCAUUCCAGGGUUUUUCUCAAUUUUUACUAUUUUCUACAUUGUAGAAUAAUAGUGAAGACAUUAAAACUAUGAAAUAACACAUAUGGAAUCAUGUAGUAACCCGAAAAAUGUUUAACAAAUCAAAAUAUAUUUUAUAUUUUAUAUUCUUCAAAGUAGCCACUCUUUGCCUUGAUGACAGCUUUGCACACUCUUGGCAUUCUUUCAACCAGCUUCACCUGGAAUGCUUUAGUAGUGGUUUCUUGCAGCAAUUCGACCAUGAAGACCUAAUUCACGCAGUCUCAUCUGAACAGUGGAUGUUGAGCUGUGUCUGUUAAUUGAACUCUGUGAAGCAUUUAUUUGGGCUGCAAUUUCUUAGGCUGGUAACUCUAAUAAACGUAUCCUCUGCAGCAGAGGUAACUUUGGGUCUUCCUUUCCUGUGGCGGUCCUCAUGAGAGCCAGUUUCAUCAUAGCACUUGAUGGUUUUUGCGACUGCACUUAAAGAAACUUUCAAUGUUCUUUAAAUGUUCUGUAUUGACUGACCUUCAUGUCUUAAAGGACUGUCGUUUCUAUUUGCUUAUUUGAGUUGUUUUUGCCAUAAUAUGGAGUUGGUCUUUUACCAAAUAGGGCAAUCUUUUGAAUGCCACCACUACCUUGUCACAACACAACUGAUUGGCUCAAACGCAUUAAGAAGGAAAGAAAUUCCACAAAUUAACUUUCAAAAAGGCACACCUGUUAAUUGAAAUGCAUUACAGGUGAGUACCUCAUGAAGCUGGUUGAGAGAAUGCCAAGAGUGUGCAAAGCUGUCAUCAAGGCAAAGAGUGGCUACUUUGAAGAAUCUCAAAUAUAAAAUAUAUUUUGAUUUGUUUAACACUUUUUUGGUUACGACAUGAUUCCAUAUGUGUUAUUUCAUAGAGAGAGAGUGUACAGCUAAUAUCUUCCAGAAGGCAGGAGUGAGAUAACUUGGUCAAGUUCCUUCUCUCUGUGCUACUAAGCUUAGGCUCUAAGCCUGAUUUAUUGAGACUGUAACAUCCUCCUACAUCCCCGAACACCCAUGCACACACACACACGUGCACAUGCGUACUGAUCACUAUUACAGAUCAUCCAAAUCAUGUAAUCAACAACACAUUUUGAUUAGGGAACAUGUUGUCUCAUACCCACAUUUCACGAUGUUGAGCUGUGAGCUGGAAAAGAGCGAGUGUAGACAUGCUAUCAUUAAGUAAACAUGUGGAAGAAAUGAUUCAUUAUUAGAAGAUGGAGGGGCUGAAACAGAGAGCUUCUGUACUGUGGUGAUUUCCCAUGUUCUCAUCAGGGAUUAUAGAUAGACUAGAAGAACAGACCAACAGGACAGUUGGCUUUCUCAACAUGUACAUACCUCUACUGGUUAGACUGUAGGUAGGGUUUCAAAUCUACCAGUAAUUUAUGAAAGUUACUGGAAUCUUCAGCAAUUUUGGUAAUUAAAAGGUAAUCUAUGGCAAUCAAAUCAAAUCAAAUCAAAUCAAAUGUUAUUUGUCACAUACACAUGUUUAGCAGAUGUUAUAGCGGGUGUAGCAAAAUGCUUGUGCUUCUAGCUCCGACAGUGCAGUAAUAUCUAACAAUUUCACAACAUAUACCUAAUACACACAAAACUAUUAAGGAAUGGAAUUUAAGAAAAUAUACAUAUAUGGACAAGCAAUGACAGAGCGGCAUGGACUAAGAUACAGUAGAAUAUUAUAGAAUAGAAUGCAGUAUAUACAUAUGAGAUGAGUAGUGCAAGAUAUGUAAACAUUAUUAAAGUGACUGUAAACAUUAUUAAAGUGACUAGUGUUCCAUUUCUUAAAGUGGCCAGUGAUUUCAAUAGGCAGCAGCAGCCUCUAAUGUGCUAGUGAUGGCUAUUUAACUGUCUGAUGGCCUUGAGAUAGAAGCUGUUUUUCAUUCUCUCGGUUCCAGCUUUGAUGCACCUGUACUGACCUUGCCUUCUGGAUGAUAGCGGGCUGAACAGGCAGUGGCUCGGGUGGUUGAUGUCCUUGAUGAUCUAUUUGGCCUUCCUGUGACAUUGGGUGCUGUAUGUUGUGCAUCUGUAAAAGUUUGUGAGGGUUUUAGGUGCCAAGCCACAUUUCUUCAUCCUCCUGAGGUUGAAGAGGCUCUGUUGCGCCUUCUUCACCACACUGUCUGCGUGGGUGGACCAUUUCAGUUUUUCGGGGAUGUGUACACCAAGGAACUUGAAGCUUUCCACCUUCUCCACUGCGGUCCUGUCGAUGUGGAUAGGGGGGAGCACCCUCUGCUGUUUCCUGAAGUCCACGAUCAUCUCCUUUGUUUUGUUGACGUUGAGUGAAAGGUUAUUUUCCUGGCACCACACUCCCAGAGCCCUCACCUCCUCCCUGUAGGCAGUCUCGUCAUUGUUGGUAAUCAAGCCUACUACUGUUGUGUCGUCUGCAAACUUGAUGAUUGAGUUGGAGGCGUGCUUGGCCACGCAGUCAUGGGUGAACAGGGAGUACAGGAGGGGGCUGAGCACGCACCACUGUGGGGCCCCAGUGUUGAGGAUCAGCGAAGUGGAGAUGUUGUUUCCUACCUUCACCACCUGGUGGCGGCCCGUCAGGAAGUCCAGGACCCAGUUGCACAGGGCGGGGUUCAGACCCAGGGCCUCGAGCUUGAUAAUGAGCUUGGAGGGUACUAUGGUGUUGAAUGCUGAGCUAUAGUCAAUGAACAUCAUUCUUACGUAGGUAUUCCUCUUGUCCAGAUGGGAUAGGGCAGUGUGCAGUGUGAUGGCGAUUGCAUCGUCUGUGGAUCUAUUGGGGAGGUAAGCAAAUUGAAGUGGGUCUAGGGUGACAGGUAAGGUAGAGGUGAUAUGAUCCUUGACUAGUCUCUCAAAGCACUUCGUGAUGACAGAGGUGAGUGCCACAUGGCUCAGUUACCUUUGCUUUCUUGGGUACAGGAACAAUGGUGGCCAUCUUGAAGCAUGUGGUAACAGCAGACUGGGAAAGGGAGAGAUUGAAUAUGUCCAUAAACACACCAGCCAACUGGUCUGCGCAUGCUCUGAGGACGCGGCUAGGGAUGCUUAAAUGUCUUAAUCACGUCGGCCACGGAGAAGGAGAGGCCACAGUCCUUGGUAGUGGGCCUCGUCAGUGGCACUGUGUUAUUCUCAAAGCGGGCGAAGAAGGUGUUUAGCUUGUCUGGAAGCGAGACGUCGGUGUCGGCGACGUGGCUGGUUUUCCUUUUGUAGUCCAUGAUUGUCUGUAGACCCUGCCACAUACGUCUCGUGUCUGAGCCGUUGAAUUAUCUCUAUACUGAUGUUUUGCCAGUUUAAUUGCCUUGCGGAGUGAGUAGCUACACUGUUUGUAUUCUGCCAUAUUCCCAGUCACCUUGCCAUGGUUGAAUGCGGUGGUUCGCGCUUUCAGAUUGCCGCGAAUGCUGCCAUCUAUCCACAGUUUCUGGUUAGGGUAGGUUUUAAUAGUCACAGUGGGCACAACAUCACCUAUACACUUCCUGAUAAACUCAGUCACCGUUUCAGUGUAUUCGUCUAAAUUAUUUUCGGAAGCUACCCGGAACAUAUCCCAGUCCGCGUGAUCAAAACAAUCUUGAACCGUGGAUUCCGAUUGGUCAGACCAGCGUUGAAUAGUCCUUAGCACGGGUAUUUCCUGUUUGAGUUUCUGCCUAUAGGAAGGGAGGAGCAAAAUGGAGUCGUGGUCAGAUUUGCCAAAAGGAGGGCGGGGGAGGGCCUUAUAACCAUCCCGGAAGUUCGAAUAGCAAUGGUCGAGGGUUUUGGCAGCGCGAGUACAACAGUCGAUAUGUUGAUAGAACUUUGUCAGCCUAGUCCUCAAAUUUGCUUUGUUAAAAUCCCCAGAUACAAUAAAUGCAGCCUCAGGAUAAGUGGUUUUCAGUUUGCAUAAAGUCCAGUGAAGUUCUUUGAGGGCCGUCAUGGUAUCGGCUUGAGGGGGGAUAUACACGGCCGUGCCUAUAACCGAAUAAAAUUAUCUUGGGAGAUAAUACGGUCGGAAUUUGAUUGUGAGAUAUUCUAGGUCGGGUGAACAGAAGGACUCGAGUUCCUGUAUGUUACUACAAUUACACCAUGAGUCGUUAAUCAUGAAACACACACCUCCGCCCUUCUUCUUCCCGGAGAGAUAUUUAAUCCUGUCUGCGCGAUGAACUCUGGCUGGACCGAUUUUGACAGAAUAUCCCAAGAGAGCCAUGUUUCCGUGAAACAAAGUAUGUUACAGGCCUUGAUGUCUCUCUGGAAAGAAAUCCUUGCCCGGAUUUCGUCGAUCUUGUUAACCAAAGACUGAACAUUAGCGAGUAUCUAUGGCAACUUUGGUAAUUUAUACUUGAAUAAAAAAUAAAACAAUAUUCAUAUAUAGUAUUCCUUUUUUUAUAUCUGUGUCCAUAUUGUCCAUGAGUUUCUAUUGGAUAGACCAUAUGGUUCAAGAGAAAAUAGCCUAAUUAAUGAAAAAAGCAUCUAAUCAACAAUGGCAUUAUUUUGAAUUAACACUGCAACUCUUCCAACUAUUUACUUUUUUCACAACUGUCACCAUUUUGGCACCAACACAUUUACAAUAAAGACAUAUUGACAUAGUAAAAUAAAUAAAAGUGUGUAAAAACAAAUAUAAAGGAUAUUUCUUGCUGAAACCCUCAUAUUAACACCAAUGGUAUUCACUAAGUUGAUGGUUUAUAUUUAGGAUAAUGUUUUACAGCUUUGUAAUUAUUUUGUUUAAAUCAUCUUAUUUGAUUAUGUUAUAUAUUUUACAUGCGAUAAGACCACACACAGGGCCAGAGAUAAUUACAGACGCCUGUGAUAAUCUGAAGUACCCAAAAGGGCCACUAGAUGUCAUGUGAUAAAUUACAUAAACUCUUUAAAUUGUUAAAACAAUUCUGGUAGUUUACUGGUAAAGUUUCCAGUAGGGGAGAGUAGGAUAAGUUGAGCCAUUUUUUACAUUAAGCAUCACUCCAUCAAGGGAAAUAUAGUAUUAUUUCUAACAACGAUAUCUAAAUAUAUUUCAGGAUGUUGUUUGUCCCUGGAAAUAAUCAGAAUUCAUGUAAACAUUACAGUUUUUAAAACAUAGUUUGUCCCCAAAAAAGUGGUCUCUUGGCACAACAUAUCCCAGGUAUGGGGUAAAUUGAGCCGCGGGACAGGGUAAGUUAAGCCGCCUACAAAUGUAUGUACUGAAUUAAAUAUUACCACCAUGUUUAUCUUUAUUUCCCAAACACAAUUCAACACAAUCACAAUUGCUUUUUUGUAUUUUAAUCAUUUAAGCAUUGUUUAACACAGGCUUAACACCUAACAAACACUGUGUAUUUUAUAAAACACUUUUAACAUAGGCCCUGUUGUUACCUCAUAUCCCAGCGAUAAUGCAUUGAUCCCAGUGAAACUGCGCAACUUGAACGUGCCAUUGUUCCAACCAUUGUCUCAAAUUACCCCAUUGCCAUUGGUUAAACUUACCCCAAGGCAAACAUUUUGACUAUAUUAGCCCGCACAGCUACAAAGAUCCACUUUCAUGCUAGGUUUAGGACCUCAUAUUGAAGCUUAUAGAGACCACAACUGAUGUAUAGAACAUUCUUAAAAUUAUCUACUUUGAUUUAGAUACAAUAAUCAUGAUAUCUCUAACACAAUAAAUUAAUUUGGCUUGGUGAAAAUCCAUUUUUUGGACCUAACUUGCUUACCACUUUUUCCAUGUGGUUUCUUCCUUCACAGACUAUAUGAAAUUAUGACAUCUUCCUAAAUAUUUGGUCAAAUUAUACAUUUUGUGUAUGGUUUCCUAGAAACAAGGGUGGCCCCACUCUCCCCUAAUAUACCCUCCCUUUGCAACCCUAACUGUAGGUGCCUCUCUCUCACACUCAGUAGGGUUAGCCAGGGUGAACAAUUGGCAACAUCAGUGGGCUACAAACUGUAAGGAAAGAGUGAUGUAGUCCCACCACCACUCCCACACAGUGACUUUUAUCUCACAGUGGUUGGCUAUGUCUUGGCUGUAGUAGCUGGGUGGUCUCCUCUCCUCUCAAUUCUUCCCUCUCCUCUUUCUCGUCUUCUUCCCACCUUCUUCACUACCUGACUCCCCAGUUUGGAGGAGAAAAAAGGAGUGGUAACCAUACACAAAGAGAAAGUAGUGGUAGCCAUACAGCUCAAAGAGAAGAUGCAAUGGAUAAUUGACAAGCUGAGGGAAGCCAUGUCAUCAUUCUGCGCCACUGAUGUCAGUCUUUCUGUCUAUCUGACUGGAGUCCGAUUGAUUAAUACAGAUGUUCUACCUUUCCCUUUUUCUUUUUAGAGAUGACAUGCUGUUCAUUACUGUCUAAUCUUUAAACUGGACCCACCUACCUCCCCCUCCCCCUCCCCCCCCCCCUCUCUCUCUCUCUCUCUCCUCUCUCUCUCUCUCUCUCUCUCUCUCCUCUCUCUCUCUCUCUCUCUCCUCUCUCUCUCUCUCUCACUCUCUCUCUCUCUCUCUCUCUCUCUCUCUCUCUAUCCUCUCCUCUCUCUCGCUCUCUCUCUCUCUCUCUAUAUCUAUCUCUCUCUCUCUCUCUCUCUCUCUCACACACACACACACACACACACACACACACACACACACACACACACACACACACACACACACACACACACACACACACACACACAUCAUCAUCUUCUAUUAUGUACAUUCCCUUAGUCAAUACAUGUGGAAUGUUGCUCCUUUCAUGUUGAAGAGGGGUCUUAAAGCCAGUGAUGAAAGGUAGACUCAUUAUCUCACUUUUACAAGCUGACCUAUCUGGAUGCAGAGCACACUGACUGACAGCUGGCAGAGCUAAUAACUGCCCAGGCGCCCUCAUUCUGCCCCCUGGGUCAGAGCUUUGAUUAUUUCUCAGAAGUGCUGUAUGGUUUGGUGGAAGGGUGAAAAAACUGAGAUGGAAAGGGGAAUGAGUGCAUAGCAGAUGUGUGGAGUUAGACACAGAGGAAUGCCAGCACAGCGAAACCGGAGACACAGUGGCAAACCAAACUGACCUCCCCUCUUUGACCAGUAACUACUGAACACAGCUAUUAGCUACAGCACUUAUCCAGCUGAUCUGUGCUAGUAUGACCAAAUUAUAACCAGGCUAUUCACCAAUUAAAUUGUCCUAAUUGUUGAUUGCUAAAAUAUAAUGGUAUUUUACUAUUACUUUUACAUUUACUUUACUAAUGAAUUACCCAUCACACUGAUUGGAUGCUGAAACAGGAUGUAAGUCAUCCACAGCAUCUGAUUGGCUGAUAGGGGUGUCUGGGAGUCAUCAGAUUGGCUGUUUGGGGGGUCAGGAAGUAAUCUCAGAGAGCCUCUGUUUUUGAGGCCUGGCAUUCCCAGACUUUUACAGACUUUUCCUGUCUGACGGUGUAGGUAGGUGGCACUGCCAGGGUAAACCAGCCUGUCUGCCACUGGCUCCACUACUGCUACUGUUACCAUUCCCACCACCACCCUCUCUCUCUCUCAGACACGUUCACACACACAUUCUGUCACACACACUUACUGGCAGGCCUGGCACCAGUUAUCCUCAUGGUGUGGAAAAAUACCCAAUUUUAGACAGCGUUGGGAACCAAUCAUUUGCUUUAUAGUAGGUCACCCCAGCAUCUCUAUUUGCACAUCAUCUCUUGCACAUCUAUCAUUCCAGUGUUAAUACUAAUUGUAAUUAUUUUGCACUAUGGCCUAUUUAUUGCAUACACUGUAUAUAUAUAUAUUCUGUUGUAUUUUUGACUUUAUGUUUUGUUUUACCCCAUAUGUAACUCUGUGUUGUGUUUUUAUCGCACUGCUUUGCUUUAUCUUGGCCAGGUCGCAGUUGUAAAUGAGAACUUGUACUCAACUGGCUUACCUGGUUAAAUAAAGGUGAAAAAAAAUGUAUAUGGUAGUUCUAGUCUCUCUCUCUCUUUUUCUCUUUUUCUCUUUCUCUUUUUCUCUCUUUCUCUCUUUCUCUUUUUCUCUCUUUCUCUCUUUCUCACAAACACACACACACACACAGUUUUGUAUUGCUAUCCUUGUGGGGACCAAAGAAUUGAUUCCCAUACAAAAUCCUAUUUUCCCUAAACCCUAACCCUAACCCUAAAUCUAACCUUAACCCUAACCUUAACCCUUAACCUAACCAUAACCCUAACCUUAACUCUAAGCCUAACCUUAACCCCAAACCCCUAACCCAAAAUGUAAACCUAACCGUAACCCCUAACCCUAACCUUCAUUCUAACCCUACCUCUAAUUGUAACCCUAACCCUAAACCUAACCCCUAAGCCUAAAAUAGCAUUUUUCCUCGUGGGGGCUGGCAAAAUGUCCCCACUUGUCCGGAUUUUCCUUGUUUUACUGUCAUUGUGUGGACUUCUGGUACCCACAAGGAUAGUUAAACAAAAACACACACACACACACACAUGCCCACACACACACACACCUGUGCGUACAGUCUGCAGUAGGGGUCAUCCAGUCCCAUGGUGGCCCAGUGUGGGCAUCAGGGGGUCAGGAAGGAGGACAUUCCUCCUAGACACAGGAGCCUGUCAUAACCAUGGCUAUUAACAGCCAAAGAGAGACAGGAGAAUGGGCUCUGACAUCCGAAAAUGUUGUCCUUUUCUUUCUCUCUUCCGCUUUCCUUCCUCCUUUUCCUCUCCUCCCCUCCCUCUUGCCACUAGUUGGAUCCCUCUCAUGGUGAAAGUUCUCUGAGGCCAUGUCAGUCCCCACAGUAACAGCCGGGUGAAAGGUCCCUAGAGUUAAGGAGGAGAGGAGACAGUUCAUAAACACAGCAGAGCUGAGAGCUAACUCCACACCAAGCUAAUGGGAAUGACUUUCAGCCCUGGUCGUGUAACAGUGCCCUUUCAGGAGUGUUUCAAAUUUAGAAUAGAAAGAAUUCUGUGUUUUUUUGUUAAUAAGUAAUGAUUCAACCCAGCCUCUCUCUUUCUCACCUUAUUGUCACCCCAAAACUAUUCUGUCAGUCUGCGCGGCAGGUAGCCUACCGGUUAAGAGCAUUUGGCCAGUACGAAAAGUACGAAAAUGUAUGCACUCACUACUGUAAGUUGCUCUUUAUAAGAACGCCUGCUAAUUGACUAAAAUGUAAAUGUGCCUGAAAGGUCACUGGUUCGAAUCCCUGAGCCACCGAUUAGGUGAAAAAUCUGUCUAUGUACCCUUGAGCAAGGCACUUAACCCUAAUUGCUCCUGUAAGUCGCUCUGGAUAAGAACGUCUGCUAAAUUAUGUAAAUGUACGUCUCAUCAUUCUUCUCAUGAGCGAGCGCUCCGAUGUUGCCAUUCCCUGUGCUGCUGAGAUGAGAUGCGUUUAGCUAGCCUGCUCCAAACGGUUGUCUGAGGACUCUCUUCCUCCUCCCCUCUCUUCCUCCUCCCCAGGUCUCUGCAGCUGAGCGGUAGAGGAAUGCACCAGUGGCAAGUUGGCAACUGUUACUGUAGCCUGCGCUCAUCUUCCUCUUCUUCUUCGUAUCAUGCUCGGCUCUGCUCUCAAAGCAUCUGCCACUCAAACUCAAGCGGCUGCUGCCUCUCUCCCUCUGAGCCAAAGAUAAUUCCUCUGGAAUGCACCGCCAAGACAUGUGGACACCGCAUGAAGUUAUUAUACGCCUGUCUUUCUGUCUUUACUGAGUGAAAAAGAGAAACAGAUAGAGAUAGAAAAAGAGAGAUUGACAGACAAUGAGGAGGAGAGAGAGAAAGUGGAGAAAAUAGAAAAGAUCUGAUGAUGAGAACCAGACUUUUCCAUCAGUGACCAGAGCUCCUUCCGCUCCUCUCUUUCCUUUCCUCCCUCCUUCCCUCACUACCUCUCUCUCUCUCCAGUGUCUUUCUGCUCCUUCCUUACCUCAGGCUCCAGAACCUUCCCACUGCUCCCCUGUCAAGGCACCUUAGCCUCCGAGCCCUCUGAUUGGCUGAGACAGAGACGCUCUAAUGCUGAGUUUCCACGGUGACCACAGCCUGGGUUCCAUUACUAGGGGAGGGGGUUAGGGCCUGUGAGGUGCUAUAAAACCACAGCAACCACAGCCCCGGCCCUAGCUUCUCUUUUACUGUCUGAUCCAAAUGUUCUGGAAAGAUCUUCCCUUCCCAGACUAGGAGUUAUUAGUCUGGAGUUCCUUAAAUUGUCAACUUAGAAAAUAAAUGGAGAGGUGUACAAAGCUAUAGGACUAUUUUACGUCUCAACUGCAGAAUUUACUAACCUCAGUCUCAGUCUAAAUGAGCAAAUAUAUCCCAACAAUAUGCUAGUUUAGUAGUACACCAUAACUUUAGCUCCACACUCUCAGAUUCUUCCUUUGUAGUUAGAAACCCACUCUGCUAAAACAACUAACAUGCUAAGACUUAAUUCAGACAUGAUGGUUGAUCAUGAUGGUUUCAAUAAACUCAGCAGGCUGCUUCUCUCAUUUCCUCUUAAAACAAAAGCAGCUCUCUAGUCGUGGGAGCUAUGAGCGGUGACUGAGUCUGACCUGCACAUGUAUGUGAGGGCCCCAUAGGAAGCAAGGCCCUCCUCCUUGUUGGUGGGCUGAGAAUGACCCACAAGGCCUUGCUCUCAGGGCGUAUGUCUCACAGAUGUGGCUGGCGUUCACAAAAUGGAGGGAGAGUUUAAACUAGACAUGCAGAUAAAGGGAUGGAGGGAGGGAUGAAGGUAAGUGGGAGGCGGGAGCUCCUCAAGAGGGGGAGAGGGGGUUGAAACUUCCCUUUCACUACUCUUUCUUUUCCCCCCUUUGUUUUGUUGUACUGUAAGUACUCCUUUAAUCCCUCUUGCUUCCCCUCUCUGUCUCUAUGUCUGGUGGAUGGAUCAGGUCUUGGAGAGGAGGAGAGGAAAGGAGGAAAGGAGGAGAGGGGUUUGGGAAAGUGGGAAAGUGUUUUCGACAGCCACCCAGGGACCACAUGCUAUUCUCAUUACCGUGUACUCCUUCCUGUCCUACUUUCUCUCUCUCUCUCUCUCGCUCUCUCUUCUCUCUCUCUCCUCGCUCUCUCAUCUCUCUCUCUCUCCUCUCUCUCUCUCCUCCUCUCUCUCUCUCUCGCCUCUCUCCCUCUCUCUCCUCUCUUCCUCCUCUCGUCUCUCUCUCUCUCUUCUCUCUCUCUCUCUUCCAGACUUUUCUCUCCAUCCCUCCUGUCUCAGUGGUGUUCUGUUCAGCAUUCUGGGCAGUGGUGGAGGGUUGGAAUGAGCUCUUGUAUGUUUUAGAUGCUCCAAGACGUUGACGUCUCUUGUCAAGACGUUUCCUCCUCUGUCCAUGUCUCCUCUGUCUUCAUCUCCCUGCCCAUGUCAUCAUCUUCCCUUCCUCUGUCUGGUUCAGUACAUAACAAUUUCUUGACUGUGUGCCUUUGAAGAUUAUGAUAGUACAGUUUUCGGUGCAGUACACCUUUUAUUUGAUGGACUGUACAUUUGGAUUUUACUUAGAUGAUUAGUUACUCUCUUGAAAACAAUGCUUUUCAUCAAAUCCAGGCAGGUGUGUGGUCCUCUGUCUCUCCAUAUUCAGCAUGUUGCCAUUUAGCAGACACUUUUAUCCAAAGCGACUUACAGUCAUGCGUGCAUAGAUUUUUGUGUAUGGGUGGUCCCGGGGAUCGAACCCAUUACCUUGGCGUUAAAAGCGCCGUGCUCUACCAGCUGAGCUACAGAGGACCACAUGAACUGGUGUAUUAUAACCUCCCGCCCCCUCUCUCUCUCUCUCUCUCUCUCUCUCUCUCUCUCUCUCUCUCUCUCUCUCUCUCUCUCUCUCUCUCUCUCUCUCUCUCUCUCUCUCUCGCUCUCCCUCUCCCCUCCCCAGCUGAUGUGUUCCCUGAGGACUUCUCCAUCCUGGCUACGGUGAAGCCUAAGAAGGGCUCCCAGUCCUUCCUCAUGUCUGUGUAUAACGAGCAGGGCAUCCAGCAGCUGGGGGUGGAGGUGGGACGCUCCCCUGUCUUCCUGUAUGAGGACCACACAGGCAAACCCAGCCCAGAGGACUACCCCCUCUUCAGGGGACUCAACCUGGCUGAUGGAAAGUACGUACUACGUCGGUAUUAGUAUGUUUACCUGUCUAAUAUUUUGACAUAUAAUACACUAAAGUUAUGCUGUACUGUUUAGCACUGUAUAUGAAAGUACCCCCCUCUUCAUAGGACUCAACCUGGCCAACGGAAAGUAGGUUCCCCUCAUUCCACAUACAGUAUUACUAUGUCAUUAUAUAGUAAAUUGAUAUCAUUACAUAGUACACUAUAGUACUUUAUAGUCAAACUAUCCCCUCUUCAGAGGACUCAACCUGGCCAAUGAAAGGUAAGGUAGGUUAACCUUGUCUGAUACCAUACUAUAAAAUAAAAUAAACCAUAGUAGGCCUACUGCAUACUUUAUCACUCUGCCUAAAUCAAAUCAAAUCAAAUUGUAUUGGCCCACGUACACAUACACUGAGUGUACAAAACAUUAUGAACACCUACCUGCUCUUUCCAUGACAGAGAUUGACCAGGUGAAUCCAGGUGAAAGCUAUGAUCCCUUAUUGAUGUCACUUGUUAAACCGACUUCAAUCAGUGUAGAUGAAGGGAGGAGACAGGUUUAAAGAAGGAUUUUUAAGCCUUGAGACAAUUGAGACAUGGAUUGUGUAUGUGUACCAUUCAGAGGGUGAAUGGGCAAGACAAAAGUGCCUUUGAACGGGGUAUGGUAGUAGGUGCCAGGCGCACUGGUUUGUGUCAAGAACUGCAGCACUGCUGGGUUUUUCCACGCUCAAUCGUUUCCAGUGUGUAUCAAGAAUGGUCUACCACCCAAAGGACAUCCAGACAAUUUGACACCACUGUGGAAAGCAUUGUAGUCAACAUGGGCCAGUAUCCCUGUGGAACGCUUUCGACAACUUAUAGAGUCCAUGCCCCAACGAAUUGAGGCUGUUCUGAGGGCAAAAGGUGGGGUGCAACUCAAUAUUAGGAAGGUGUUCUUAAUGUUUUUUACACUCAGUGUGUUUAGCAGAUGUUAUCGCAGGUACAGCGAAAUGCUUAUGUUUCUAGCACCAGUGCAGUAUACGUAACAAUACAAAACAAUACACACAAAUCCCAAAAAUGAAAGGAAAGUAAUUAAGCUUGUAAACUAUUAUAUACAGUUGAAGUCGGAAGUUGACAUACAUCUUAGCCAAAUACAUUUAAACUCAGUUUUUCACAAUUCCUGACAUUUAAUCCUAGUAAAAAGUCCCUGUCUUAGGUCAGUUAGGAUCACCACUUUAUUUUAAGAAUGUGAAAUGUCAGAAUAAUAGUAGAGAGAAUGAUUUAUUUCAGCUUUUAUUUCUUUCAUCACAUUCCCAGUGGGUCAGAAGUUUACAUACACUCAAUUAGUAUUUUGUAGUAUUGCCUUUAAAUUGUUUAACUUGGGUCAAAAUUUCAGGUAGCCUUCCACAAGCUUCCCACAAUAAGUUGGGUGAAUUUUGGCCCAUUCCUCCUGACGGAGCUGGUGUAACUGAGUCAGGUUUUUAGGCCUCCUUGCUCGCACACGCUUUUUCAGUUCUGCCCACAAAUGUUCUAUAGGAUUGAGGUCAGGAUUUUGUGUUGCCCACUCCAAUACCUUGACUUUGUUGUCCUUAAGACAUUUUGCUACAACUUUGGAAGUAUAUUUGGGGUCAUUGUCCAUUUGGAAGACCCAUUUGCGACCAAGCUUUCACUUCCUGACUGAUGUCUUGAGAUGUUGCGUCAAUAUAUCCACAUAAUUUUACUUCCUCAUGAUGCCAUCUAUUUUGUGAAGUGCACCAGUCCCCCCUGCAGCAAAGCACCCCCACAGCAUGAUGCUGUCACCCCCGUGCUUCACGGUUGGGAUGGUGUUAUUCGGCUUGCAAGCAUUCCCCUUUUUCCUCCAAACACAACGAUGGUCAUUAUGGCCAAACAGUUCUAUUUUUGUUUCAUCAGACUAGAGGACAUUUCUCCAAAAAGUACAAUCUUUGUCCCCAUGUGCAGUUGCAAAUCGUAGUCUGGCUUUUUUAUGGCGGUUUUGGAGCAGUGGCUUCUUCCUUGCUGAGCGGCCUUUCAGGUUAUGUCGAUAUAGGACUCGUUUUUACUGUGGAUAAAGAUACUUUUGUACCUGUUUCCUCCAGCAUCUUCACAUGGUCCUUUGCUGUUGUUCUGGGAUUUAUUUGCACUUUUCGCACCAAAGUACGUUCAGCUCUAGGAGAAUGAACGCGUCUCCUUCCUGAGCGGUAUGACGGCUGCGUGGUCCCAUGGUGUUUAUACUUGUGUACUAUUGUUUGUACAGAUGAACGUGGUACCUUCAGGCAUUUGGAAAUUAUUUUUCGGAGGUCUUGGCUGAUUUCUUUUGAUUUUCCCAUGAUGUCAAUCAAAGAGGCACUGAGUUUGAAGGUAGGCCUUGAAAUACAUCCACAGGUACACCUCCAAUUGACUCAAAUGAUGUCAAUUAGCCUAUCAGAAGCUUCUAAAGCCAUGACAUCAUUUUCUGGAAUUUUCCAAGCUGUUUAAAGGCACAGUCAAAUUAGUGUAUGUAAACUUCUGAACCACUGGAAUUGUGAUACAGUGAAUUAUAAGUGAAAUUAUCUGUCUGUAAACAAUUGUUGGAAAAAUUACUUGUGUCAUGCACAAAGUAGAUGUCCUAACCGACUUGCCAAAACUAUAGUUUGUUAAAAAGAAAUAUGUGGAGUGGUUGAAAAACGAGUUUUAAUGACAGUUCCGACUUCAACUGUACAAUGUCAUACACAUACUGCAUUAUAUCACACUAGCCACUCUUCAGAGGACUCUGUUAUAUUGUACCAUAUAAUAAUACAAUAUACACCGUUUAGCAGACACUUUUAUCCAAAGCGACUUACAUUCAUGUAUGCGUACAUUUUUACGUAUGGGUGGUCCCAGGAAUCGAACCCACUGUCCUGGCAUUGCAAGCGCCAUGCUCUACCAACUGAACUACAGAGGACCACCAUAUCAAACAAAUGUAAUGCGCACUCAGUGUAGCUGCUUGCUUGCUUCUCUGUAAUCAGAAAGCAGGUGUGUGUUGGCCUAGCUUUGAUGAGUCUGGUGGAUGAACCGUUGUGGGAUUUAGUUCUGUGCAGGUGUUCGGUCAUACAUGUUUAUUAUCUCAAUCUGCUGUCUGUCUAUGUAACACAUCAUUUAUUAUCUAGCCAGUCAACCAAGACUGUUUGGAUUAUACAUUAAAUAAAACCUCCUCAGAUCAACAGUAUCUGAGCUUUGUGUGUUACAGUGCCCUCGGAUGUGUAGACAUUGAACCCAUGCAUACAUCCCUAUCCUGACCAAAAUGUCCCUAUACCUCUGUAUGGUUAUAAUAUCAGCAUUUCACAAGUCCUACAGCCAGUAACUGUAGCGUAGUGAAAAACAUGUGUGUGAGCUAACCCUUUGUCCAUCUUAAAGUUAGUAUAACUCUAGUGAAAUGUGUUUGUGGGAGAGAGAGAGUGAGAGUGAGAGUGAGAGUGAGAGUGUGAGAGAGAGAGAGAGAGAGAGAGAGAGAGAGAGAGAGAGAGAGAGAGAGAGAGAGCUAACCUUCUGUCCCUCUUCCCAGGUGGCACCGAGUGGCCAUCAGCGUUCACAAACAGACCGUCACCAUCAUCCUGGACUGUAAAAAGAAGACCACCCAGAAACUGUCCAGGAGCCCACACCCCAUCAUUGACACCAAAGGAAUUGUGGUCUUCGGAACUAGAAUACUUGAUGAAGAAGUCUUUGAGGUAGGUCUUGCUAUCUUCUCUAAAUGGUCCAUUGCUUAGUCAUAUUGAUUGAUGGUGAUAUUGAUUGAUUUGUGAUCUAAAACCUUAAGUUGAGUGGAAAGUAGGCGUGAGGAGAUCGUCAUCUCUGCCAGUUGAAAUGCUAAGAGGUUUUUGUUCUGGAGUUUCAUUCUGGAUUAUGUUAUUAUUGUGAAGAUUUAGAUCAGGUACUUGGUACAGUGUUGUGGGGAACACCUCUCUGGAACUGCACAGCUGUGUAUAACUGUGUAUGUAGUCUGAGCAACUGUCUCCCCCUCCCCUCUCUCUCUGUCUCUCUCUAUUUAUUUCUCUCCAUCUAAACUCACUGCCACAUCUUUGUGCACAGUAAGGGAGGCGUUGAACACGUGGCAACAGUCAGAUAGGGUAGAUUUGGUCACGCCUGUUCACCCCCCCCAUUCCUCCCUUCCUCCAUCCCUCCAUCCCUCUUUCUUUAAGCUGUGCUUUGUGGUUGGAGAUGAGAGAGAGGUUGAUGAUUUGGAGAUAAGUGACAGCCAGGCCCUGGGGUUAUCAAAGCUGGAGAGACCUAACAAUCAUCACAGCAUGUAAUACUGCUGCUUAUGCCAGAGAUGGAGAAAAGAGAUAGGAGAGAGAUAAAAAUGAAGUGGUGUAUUGUUUUUGAACAUUUGAUUGUUACUUUUUUUGUGGCUAAGGAAGUGCUCCAACUGUUGCUUAUUGAUAAUGUCAACAGUGUUUUUGUUCUUUUUUAAACUAAGGCCUGUGAAAAGGAUAAUAUAAAAAUGCACACACACAACCCACCCCACCCCCCCCACCCAAUUUAAAAUAAAACACGCACCCCACAGUGGGUACUUUUGUCUUUGUACUGUCACAGUGCUCAGUUAAUCCGUGUGCUUGUAUAAGGAGGAUUAGGGGCGAAGCGCUCCAUAAUAAUUAAACACAGUCUGACUGAUGGGACUGAUGCUGUUCCAACUCACCUUCGACCUCCACUGCUCUCUCUGGAGGAGAACAGACAAUGUGGAACAACUAUGACAUCACUCCUUCUGGAUCCCCUAGGUUUGGCAGGGAAAGAGGGAUAUGAGGAUGUGGCAUAAAACAGCUCAUAUGGGAUUGAAGGAUGUACUGUAUAGUCUGCGUUUACACUUGCUGCCCAAUUCUGAUCUUUUGACCAAUCAGAUCAGAUUAGUCCAAUAAUUGUGCAAAAUAUAAUAAUUGGGCUGCCUGUGUAAACGCAGCCUAUGUGUCAUAUAACUUCUACAAUCCACUUCAUAUAGCCCAAAGAUACUUAACUUAUUUGAUUGAUAAAUAGUUUUAUAGGGAUAACUCUUUUGCUAUAUGAUUUUUGUUAACCUGCAGUCUAUGCUUGAAGUGCAAUGUGCACACAUACAGUCAUGACCAAAAUUAUUGGCACCCUUGUUUUCAAUACUCCGGCACCCUCCCCUUGCUGGAUAACGGCACUGAGCAUUUUACUCAAAUGUUUUAUGAGAUUGGAGAACACAUAUGGGAGGGAUCUAAGACCAUUCCUCCAUACAUAAUCAUUCCAGAUCCUUGAUAUCCUUCGUCUGCACUUAUGGACUGCCCUCUUCAAUUCAAACCACAUGUUUUCAAUGGGACUUCAAGUCCGGAGACUGAGUUUGUGGAUUUUGUGGUCAAUUAACCAUUUAUUUGUGGAAUUUGAUGUGUGCUUGGGGUUAUUGUCUUGCUGGAAGAUCCACAACCAGGUUUUUGGCAAAAAUGUCCUGGUAUUGGGUGUAGUUCAUGAUGGCGUUGACAUUACAGUUUUUUUCAAUCACUUUGGCACAUUUGUCAGAUUAAGUGGUAUAUUUGUCUGGUUGUGGUGUGAAAAAGAUGGCGCCGUACUGUAUGGCCACUGUUUUGCAAGCGCCGACCCAACUUCACUAUUUUGUGAUUCUUUUGUAGUUUAUUUAUACUUUAUUUUCUCGAAAUGUAUCCGCUCUCAUUUCUUACAACCGACAAUAACUUUUGAACAUCAGAUUGGCAGUUACUUACCUCAAUUUUGGCUUCAACUUCGACUUCGACUCAUCUGCCCAGGGCUCUUUCUGUAAUUCCGACCCAAUUUUCAGGCUACCCAAGAGGAAGUGCCGGCGUUACAGAGGCAAGAGAGGGGGGAUCCUGGUGAGAUUAAGGCAAAGGGAUAACUGGCCACCUCUUCCCUCCAUUCUACUGGCGAAUGUACAGUCACUUGAUAAUAAAAUGGAUGACCUCCGAUCGCGCAUUUGCUAUCAACGGGACUCUCAAAACAGCAAUAUUCUCUGCCUUUCUUAAACAUGGCUCUCGGACAAGAUACUCCCCAUGGCUAUCCAACUCAAUGGAUUCUUCAUUCACCGUGCCGAAAGGACAGUGGAGUCGGGAAAUCGAGGGGGGGAGGGGUUUGCCUCUUCAUCAACAACAACUGGAGUGCUGACUCGAGCGCGGUGGAAGUGUCGACCCAUUGUUCACCCGUCUUGGAAUACCUGAUGGUCAAAUGCCAACCCUUUUACCUACCGAGGGAGUUUUCAGCUGUUAUCUUGACUGUUGUAUACAUUCCAUCUCAGGACAAGAAAAAUAACAAGCUGGCACUUAACGAACUGUACAAGGCCAUAACCAAGCAGGAAAACGUAAAUCCAGAGGCUGCUUUUCUGGUUGCCGGAGAUGUUAAUUCCGCGUUAUUAUGACACGUGAUGCCCAACUUCCAUCAACACGUCUCCAUCGCCACUAGGGGUACCAACAAGCAAGCAUACAAGGCCCUCCCUCAUCCGCCAUUUGGCAAAUCAGAUCAUGUAGCCUUACUCCUGCUUCCUGUUUACAAACAGAAGCUCAAACAGGAAUUACUCAUGACUCGCUCUUUUGAGAAAUGGUCUCCAGAGUCAGAGAUUAUGCUACAGGACUGUUUUGCUAGCGCUGAUUGGAAUAUGUUUUGUGACUCCGCCGAUAACAUCAACGAGCUAACCAUCUUCAUUAGGAAAUGACGUUGUCCCCACUGUUAAGUUUCGCUGCUUCCUCAAUCAAACGCCCUGGAUUUACACUGCAGUUGGCACUACAUUUUACAUUUUAGUCAUUUAGCAGACGCUCUUAUCCAGAGCGACUUACAGGAGCAAUUAGGGUUAAGUGCCUUGCUCAAGGGCACAUCAACAGAUUUUUCACCUAGUCGGCUCGGGGAUUAGAACCAGCGACCUUUCGGUUACUGGCACAACACUCUUAACCACUAAAGGACAGGGCUACCGCACACAGGACUAUCGCAGACAACCACGAGGCUACGGCUGAGGACAGGAACAAGUACAAGAAGUCCCGCUAUGACCUCCACAGAGUCAUCAAAUGAGCAAAACAACAAUAUAGGAAGAAGAUGGAAUCUUACUACACAGACUCCGCCGCCCACCCCAUGUGGCAGGGGCUACAGCCCAUUAUGGAUUACAAAGGAAGACCCAGCCGUGAUCUGCCCAACGAUGCCUCUCUACCAGAUGAACUCAAUGCAUUUUAUGCAUGCUUUGACAAUAACAACAUCGUGCCAAUUUGAUUUGAUUAGAUUUUUGAGGGCCGCCACCGACCCAGAAGAUUGGGUGAUCUUGAUCUCCAAGGCUGACGUGAGUAAAGUCUUUAAUCAGGUCAAUACCAGCAAGGCCGCGGGGCCCGAUGGUAUUCCAUGGCGUGUUCUCAGAGCAUGCGCAGAACAGCUGGCAGGUACAUUCACUGUAACUUUCAACCUCUCCUUGUCCCAGUCUGUAAUGCCCACAUGUUUUAAGAUGACCACCAUCAAUCCUGUUCCCAAGAACUCUAAGGUUUCAUGCCACAAUGACUACCGCCCUGUAGCACUCACAGCUGUAAUCAUGAAGUGCUUUGAAAGGCUGGUUAUGGCUCACAUCAACUCCAUCAUUCCAGACACCCUAGACCCACCCCAAUUUGCAUACCGCCCCAACAGAUCCAGAGAUGACACAAUCUCAAUUGCACUCCACACUGCCCUCACCCACCUCAAUAAGAGGAAUUCCUAUAUGAGAAUGCUGUUCAUAGACUACAGCUCAGCGUUCAACACCGUAGCUCCCUCUAAGCUCAUCACCAAGCUUAGGACCCUGGGACUGAACACCUCCAUCUGCAACUGGAUCCUGAACUUCCUGACGGGCCGACCCCAGGUGGUGAGGGUAGACAACAUCACCUCCGCCAUGCUGACCCUCAACAUGUGGGCCCCACAGGGGCGUGUGCUUAGUCCCCUCCUGUACUCCCUGUUCACCCACGACUGCAAAAACCAUCAUUAGGUUUGCUGACGACACGGCGGUGGUAGGCCUGAUCACCGGCGACGAUGAGACAGCCUACAGGGAGAAGGUGAAUGACCUGGCAGAGUGGGGCCGGAACAACAACCUCUCCCUCAAUGCCAGUAAGACCAAGGAGCUGAUCGUGGACUACAGGAAACGGGGAAGCAACAAUUCUUACACCAACAUGCUCCUGAACAGCUUCUAUCCCCAGGCCAUAACACUGCUAGCUAGCUGAGAGCUAACAAAAUUGCUAAAUGGACUAUCUGCAAUGGGGAGCGACCACGGCCCCUCAGUGUUAAUCCCUCGGCUGCGGUGCAGCGAGUCGAGAGCUACAAGUUCCUCGGUGUCCAAAUCACUAAGAACUUAAAAUGCUCCACAAACACACACACAGUCAUGAAGAAGGCACGACAGCGCCCCUUCCCCCUCAUGAGGUUGAAAAGGUUUGUCAUGGGCCCUCAAAUCCUCAAAAAAUUCCACAGCUGUACCAUUGAGAGCAUUCUUCUUGUUGUAGCCUAUAGCAUCCUUCCUAGUCAACACAAAUCACAUCCAGCAACCCAAGCAACCCAAACCCACAACAACAGCCUAACCGUUAACUUGGGAACAGAACAUGCAGACAUUUUGUGAAAGAUGUUUAAACUUUCUCUCCUGCUGCUCUGUGUCUGCCAGCCCAGUUCGGAGACGGGACAGGCUUCUAG